GUGGUGGAACGACACCUCGCAUCACACCCUACGUGCCAUUGGCUUCUACUGAGUGUCGUCAAAGAGCUUGACCAGUCAGGCAUGACAGAGUAUACGCUCGAUCGAGAGGCAUACGCAGAGCUAUAUGGUCCUACGACCGGCGACCUCAUUCGACUGGCCGACACUGACCUAUGGGCGCGCAUUGAAAAGGAUCUCACGACGUACGGCGAUGAAUUGACAUUUGGAGGUGGCAAGGUCAUUCGAGAUGGCAUGGGUCAAGCUAGUGGGCGACUAGAUAGUGAGUGUCUUGAUCUCGUGCUCACAAAUGCUGUAAUUAUCGACUAUAGCGGUAUCUACAAGGCUGAUAUCGGCGUUAAGGACGGAUACAUUGUGGGCAUUGGCAAGGCAGGCAAUCCAGACAUCAUGGAUAACGUUUCUCCCAACAUGGUGUGCGGUUCCAACACAGAUGUCAUCUCAGCGGAGCAUGACAUCGUCACUGCAGGCGGCAUCGAUUCACACAUUCACUUCAUCUGCCCUCAGCAAGCCGAAGAGUCUCUUGCCUCUGGCAUCACCACCUUGAUUGGCGGUGGCACAGGUCCGAGUACUGGCACGAAUGCAACGACUUGUACGCCUUCUGCAACAUACAUCCGAGCGAUGAUGCAAGCGGUUGACAGCAUACCGCUCAACUAUGGCAUUACAGGCAAAGGUAAUGAUUCGUCCCCAGAACCUUUGCGUGAACAAGUCAGAGCUGGUGUUAUGGGUCUCAAGCUCCACGAGGAUUGGGGAACAACGCCUGCUUGUAUUGACAACUGCCUCAAUGUUUGCGACGAAAUGGACAUUCAGGCUUUGAUUCACACAGACACGCUGAAUGAGUCAGGUUACGUUGAGCAGACAAUCGCUGCCUUCAAAGGUAGGACCAUUCACACGUACCAUACAGAAGGUGCAGGAGGUGGGCACGCUCCAGAUAUUCUGAGUGUCUGCGGAAGGGCCAAAGAUGAGCAUCUUGCACCUUACACAACGGAGAAUGUCCUUCCUUCAUCCACCAACCCGACCCGUCCCUUUACACGCAAUACCUUGGAUGAACAUCUCGAUAUGCUCAUGGUCUGCCAUCAUCUCUCGAAAAACAUUCCAGAGGAUGUGGCUUUCGCAGAGUCUCGUAUUCGAGCCGAGACCAUCGCUGCCGAAGACAUCUUGCACGACACUGGCGCCAUCAGCAUGAUGUCUUCUGACGCUCAAGCUAUGGGUAGGUGUGGCGAAGUCAUUUUACGUACUUGGAAAACAGCGCACAAGAAUAAGACUCAGCGAGGCAUGUUGCCGGAAGAUGAGAAGCAGCAAGCACUUUGGAAUGAUGAAGACGAGGACCCGGAAGCACCCAAGGCAGACAAUCAUCGCAUCAAGCGCUAUAUUGCCAAGUACACAAUCAACCCAGCGGUUGCACAUGGUAUGUCACAUGUACUCGGUGCUGUGGAAGUGGGCAAGCUUGCUGAUCUUUGCCUUUGGUCAUUUGACAGAUUUGGAUCCAAGCCAUCGAUCGUCAUCAAGUCUGGUAUGAUUGUGUACAGCGACAUGGGCGACGCAAAUGCAUCCAUUCCAACGGUUCAACCAGUCUUUGGUCGCUUCUCAUUCGGUGCCAAUGUCGCAGAUCGAAGCAUUCUAUUCACAUCAGCCGCUGCCAUGUCAAAUGGUCGCAAUAUCAAGGAGGAGUACGGACUCAAGAAGAAAGUCAUGCCAGUCGUCAACACACGCGGCAUUGGGAAGAAGGACAUGAAAUUGAACGAUUCGCGACCACUAUUGGAGAUUGAUCCAGAGUCCUACACAGUCAAAGCAGAUGGCGUCGUAGUCGCUUGCGAGCCCGCCACCACGCUUCCCUUGACGAACUUACACUUCAUUUAUUGAUCAACCUUGCGACGCAGACGGCUCUCCGUUCUUACCAAAGACACGUCCCACAAAACUUGUGAAUUGCUUGCCGGAGCCCACGAGCUUGCGUCGGCUAACAUCGCCACUGCCGCUACCGUUCGACUUGCGACUACUGGCAUUGGACAGCUCUCGCUGUAAAUUGCCACCCGAAAGCAUGCUUGCGUCAAUAGUCGUAUGGUAAAAUGGUUCUGGUUGACCCACAGGAGCAGUGACUGGCGCAGUAAAGAAAGGCGUGUCUGUGUCUGACUCUGGGUCUGGUGACAAUAGCAAACGACCCUCAGCAAGACCAGCAGUGUGGUACGAAGGCGUUGGUGCAGGCAUA